GGGCUCCGUUUCUCUCUGCGGAAGAGAGAAUGGGAGAGAGUAGGGAUGGUCAGGUUGACAAGCAGACUGAUCCGCAUCUGAUUCAGUCUCAGACGGAGAAUGCUCGACGAAUGAACACGUGGCGCACAGAGAGAGAUCGGGUUCCGUUCGCAGACGUGGAGAUUCACGGGGAGUCUGGGGAGAAGAGAGGUAGUGUCCAAGCUUCCACGGCUAUGGCGGACGACCGCAGGAUGGCCGUGCCAGAGUUUCGUCGUUCUCGAGGUUUCUCCACGAGCUCUAUUAUUGGUCCCAGUACCCCUCCUAAUCCCAAUCCCCUUGGGAAUCCGAUUGGGAUUGGGAUCGGGAACUCCCAGUUUGGACAUCAUCAGGGUGUGGGAGGAGGCCCAAAUACUGCUCUGGGGGGAGGAGCCCUGACUGUGACGAAGAGUAGCGGUCUUCCCACAGAUCAUCCACAGACAGAUACUCGGAAGAGGAACUUCAAUGAGUCGUCGGUCUCCGCGAUGACUACGGUUGACGGAGCAAAGAAUCACGACGAAGAUCCCGAUCGCCACGUGGCGUCACUCAAGCCUUCCGCCACGUCAGCCGUGACAUUGUCCCUGAUCGACGCGCCAAUGGCAGUUGUGGACUCUAGCGAUGACGACGACACGGUGGAGGAAGAGCAAAGGGCCGGGAGCGAAGGCGGUGUGCGGGGGUGGUCGAUCUUCAGCGAGCCAUCGUCGCCGUCAGGCCGAGGAGGAGGAGGAGGAGGAGGAGGAGGAGGAGGAGGAGGUCAGGACUUCAGCAACGGCGCAAAGAGGGAGUACCGUCCACGAGUCAACUCAGCAAUUGCAACGACUGGCAGCGGCGUCGGCGUUUUCCAUGGGCCGGCUUUCACGGAGACGAGGCGGCGGGCGCAGUCGGUGUUACUCCCACGGUCGGGGGAUAACUCUCCGAGGGUGGCUGGGGGAGGCGGAGCGUUGCCAGGGGGCUGGUCGGCGCAGGUGACGGCGGGCGAUGGGCGGGACGAAGGCGCCGCCGCCGCCACACGUGGCGCCGUCUCGGGCGACUUCUUGGACGGGUCUCCUCGUCGUCAGCGGUCUCGGAAGGCCGGUGACGUCAUCGUCGUCGUCGAUGAGCCGCCGUCAGCCGUUGAUCACGGUUCAGACUCUCGUAACGGGACACCGUCGAUCGGCGGCCCUCGCCGCCGGAGUUCCAGCGAGAAUGGACCGCUGGCAGGCGCGGAAACUCCGCUCCUUGGUUCGGAGCUUGGCGCGCACCCGUCGGCGGCGGCGUCGCCGCCGCCGCCGCGGCAGUUCAAGGAAGGGUUUGUCAAUGGCCAUGUCCCGCCCGUGAAGAUGACGACUUCGCUGUCGGCCGAAUCCCAUUGGCUGAUCAUGAUCGUGCUGCUGAUCGCUCUGUACGGAUCGCUCGCUACGUAUUUCUGGUGGAAAACGCGAUUGUUUCUGCGACUGGCGGAGUCGCUGACGUGGCCGGCGCUGCUGUUCCUGCUUCUCGAAGGCUUGCUGGCGGCUUUCCCCUUCUUCGAUCUGCUGGACUACUUGAAGCCUGAGCCAGAGCGCGCCGAGCUGCCGCUCGUCGUUCGGGGGGAGUUCCCCGCCGUCGUCAUCUUGAUCACCUGCUGCAACGAGGACGUUGACGUCAUCAAGGAGGUCGUCAGAGCUGCGCUCUGUCAGGACUACCCCUCCGACAGGUUCGCCGUUUGGCUGCUGGACGACGGAGGGGAUGAGGAGUUGCAGAAAUGGUGUGCUGUUUACGGCGAGAGUCUGGGUCUUUGGGGGGACGACGGGGACGCGGAGGGGGAGAGCAGCAGUGUAACAACACCAACGAGUACGAGAGAGGAGGGGGGCGGGGGGGGAGGAGAAGAAGAAGGGAGGGGGAGGGGGGGAAAGGGGGGGAGGCGGCGACGGCGGCGGCGGCGGCUGCAAUACGUGCGGAGGACGAAGGUCCAGGGAGUGCCGCAUCACUUCAAAGCUGGCAAUCUGAACCACGCACUGAACCUUCCGUCUUGUGCUGCGUACGAGUUCGUCGCCAUCUUGGACGCUGACAUGAUCGUCUCUCGCCGCUUUCUGAGUACCUCCAUUGCGCAUUUCACCUCCUUGAGCAUCGCUUUCGUGCAAUCUCCACAAGGGUUUUACAACAUUCCCCCUGGAGAUCCGCACAAUGAUAGCUCCCUCAGUUUCUAUCAUUGCACGCUGCCGCGCCGCGACGCUUGGGCCAUGUGCAUUGGAACAGGUGCCGUUUUUCGGCGAGCAGCGCUUGAAGAGGUAGGCUACUUUUCGACUGGGACACUGACGGAAGAUUUUGACACGGCUCUCCAUCUUCAUGCACAAGGAUAUGAUUCCGUGUACUUGAUCCAACAUCUUCAGAUGGGACUGGCACCUUGGACGGUGUCUAGUUUCAUUGAGCAGCGGCAGAGGUGGUGCAUGGGUGGUGUGCAGAUUAUCUUGAAGCGCAGGAUCUUGUCCCAUUUUGGCCGAAGGUUCAGUCUUUAUCGCCGUUUGAUGUACUUGUACUCCGGUGCCAAAUGGUUCCUUUGUUUCCCUGUCGCUGUUGUGUAUAUAAUUGCAGUCUCCAUUCUUGCAUUCGAAUGGUCGUUGAUUCCAAUCGAUGUAACAGAGGAGGACAUGAGAAUGUACGUCAAACUCAUGGCACCGUGUAUUGUCAGCUAUCGGCUGGUCAGCUAUGCGCGGCUAUGGCGGAUUCCGGGGAUGAUGGUUCGAACCCAGACUCGUCUGCGGGACGAACAAUCUACAUGGUGGAUGGCUCCCUACUUGUGCAUGGGCAUUCUCCGCGUUAUGUUCCCGUUGAUUCCCAAGGAGUUCCAAGUGACGGGGUCCUCGUUCGUGAACUCUCGCCGCAGUGGAGCCCUUGGCGCCUUGCUGAGAAAUCUUAACCUUGUUCUUUACCAUGUGAUGUCCAUUGCAAUUGGACUGGCAGUGGUGAUGUGGAAGAUUCUAUUUUUAGACAUUCACGACUGCAGUCGAGUUCUUUUCGUCUCGAACUUGGUUUUAUUCGUCUUGUUCGCUUCGCAGCAUCUCGCCAGGCCGAUUUACUCUGUUAUGUGUCCUUCGCCCAUCGGGCCCGCCGAAAGGGCAACCCUCCUCUCUUAUGACGACUCGAACGAAAGCAAUGUGCCGCAUUUCCGUGUCCAAUUCCCGCCACCCACGUCCUAUUCUGUUCUGCUAAUUGAUGUCAUCCCGUUCUCCAUGUGCAUUGGAACAGGUGCCGUUUUUCGGCGAGCAGCGCUUGAAGAGGUAGGCUACUUUUCGACUGGGACACUGACGGAAGAUUUUGACACGGCUCUCCAUCUUCAUGCACAAGGAUAUGAUUCCGUGUACUUGAUCCAACAUCUUCAGAUGGGACUGGCACCUUGGACGGUGUCUAGUUUCAUUGAGCAGCGGCAGAGGUGGUGCAUGGGUGGUGUGCAGAUUAUCUUGAAGCGCAGGAUCUUGUCCCAUUUUGGCCGAAGGUUCAGUCUUUAUCGCCGUUUGAUGUACUUGUACUCCGGUGCCAAAUGGUUCCUUUGUUUCCCUGUCGCUGUUGUGUAUAUAAUUGCAGUCUCCAUUCUUGCAUUCGAAUGGUCGUUGAUUCCAAUCGAUGUAACAGAGGAGGACAUGAGAAUGUACGUCAAACUCAUGGCACCGUGUAUUGUCAGCUAUCGGCUGGUCAGCUAUGCGCGGCUAUGGCGGAUUCCGGGGAUGAUGGUUCGAACCCAGACUCGUCUGCGGGACGAACAAUCUACAUGGUGGAUGGCUCCCUACUUGUGCAUGGGCAUUCUCCGCGUUAUGUUCCCGUUGAUUCCCAAGGAGUUCCAAGUGACGGGGUCCUCGUUCGUGAACUCUCGCCGCAGUGGAGCCCUUGGCGCCUUGCUGAGAAAUCUUAACCUUGUUCUUUACCAUGUGAUGUCCAUUGCAAUUGGACUGGCAGUGGUGAUGUGGAAGAUUCUAUUUUUAGACAUUCACGACUGCAGUCGAGUUCUUUUCGUCUCGAACUUGGUUUUAUUCGUCUUGUUCGCUUCGCAGCAUCUCGCCAGGCCGAUUUACUCUGUUAUGUGUCCUUCGCCCAUCGGGCCCGCCGAAAGGGCAACCCUCCUCUCUUAUGACGACUCGAACGAAAGCAAUGUGCCGCAUUUCCGUGUCCAAUUCCCGCCACCCACGUCCUAUUCUGUUCUGCUAAUUGAUGUCAUCCCGUUCUGUUGGUCGCUUCUGUGGGCCUAUUACUUUUAUGUCGCCAUUACGCCUGACUACAAGCCUGCGUUCUGCACCACGAGACAGUUUUUCCAAACAUCUCAGCCGAUGUAAGGAAACCUCGGCUUUGGCUGUAACAGUUUGGCUUUUCUCAGCUUUUGCUUAGAUCAGCUCAGCUUAGUCUA